UGGGGAGAUUUCCUUUUGGAUAACAUUCCUGGGCUUGUGUUUGACACUGCAAAGGAAGACAUAGAGCUACAUGCUGGCUUACCUCCGCAGCUGCUUUUGCAGGUGGAAAGCAAAACUCUUAGAACAAGAUUAGGUGGGUUUCUGAGGAUGAUUGCAGAUCGGCUGGUGGGCACCAAAGAACUGUUUUCAUCGUACAUGAAGAAGGAUUUUGUAACGAAUAGACUACCACCUUACCAUGACGGAGACGGAGCAGAGCUUUCCACACCAGGUGGAUCAUUACCACGAUUGGACAGCACUGUGAGAUUACAGUUUAAAGAGCACAUGGUCCUCACAGUAGGGCCAGAUCAGGAUCAAUCUGAUGAAGCUCAAGAAAAAAUGGUUUAUAUCUAUCACUCCUUAAGAAAUAGCAGAGACACGCACAUGAUGGGGAAUGAGGAUCCGGAGUCUCAUGGACUUCGCUUUCCUUUAUCACAUAUGGAUGCACUGAAGCAAAUUUGGAACAGUUCAGCUAUUUCUAUCAAGGACCUGAAACUUCCUACAGAUGAGGAAAAGGAGAGCCUAGUAUUAUCCCUCUGGACGGAAUGUUUACUCCAAGUAGUCUAG